AUGCUUUCGCGUGAAGGAAUUCCCUUAAUCAUGUCAAGUAUAAUGCUUGCUUACUCCCUUUUAAGACUGAUAAUUACCAUGUUCAAGAAAUGGAAACAGUCAAUUUGCAAAUAUUGGAGCAGAUUUGGUUUUAGAUUAAUGUUUUUUGUUUAUUCUAUUUUAUACGUGCUUACAACCAUUCCAAGUCUUAGCAGUAUCAUCAUAAUCGGUUAUAUCUUCCGCUGCAUUCUUCCGAUUUCGCUAGGUUUCUUGGUUAUCUCUAUUCAAGACUUCGUUUGCUAUUCAAACCGUGAUCCUACAUUUAUCAAGCGUCAAUGGAUAUGGCUUGAUAUUCCAUUUAUUGUUGGAAUGAUUGAAUGUCAAGUUUUAUAUUAUCAAUCGAAUACUUUCUUAGAUACAGUCGUAGCAAUCGCAACACGUAUAGCUUAUGAAGUCUUACUAGAUCUCUUUAUUAUUUUACUUAUUAUUGCACCUUCUCUCUUUUUCUUGAAUGAAAUCAGAAGAAAUGACUUUUCAGGCUCGUUGCAAUGCAAAAUAUUAUUGGCAUUCAUUUUCUUCGUCCUUGAUGUUAUUUCACUCUUAGUUUGCUUUGCAUUCGAAGUCAGAAUGAUUAUUGAAAAGUCUUCCUCAACACAGCGUGUUUCCAUACUUUUAAUGAAGUCAUUCAGAGAUCCCGUUAUGAUCAUGGUUUGUUUUACUCAAGAUAUGGUCGAUUGGAUGCUUCAAUGGAUUUAUCUGGAUGAAGAUGCAAUUUUGAAGCAAGAUGAAGGCGUCAAAAAUCAUAGCCCAGAUGAGGUUCUUGAAAUUGAACUUGUUGGUGCCGAUAUAUAA